CUGAAGCUUCGGUGUGUCGAAUCGUGAAUUUAUUGUUGUCCAAUUUAGCACGAAAAUUACAUUUUUGACAAUUUUUAUGCAUUUAAAGUUUGAGAAAAAAUUCAGUCACGUUGUUUUAUUUCAUUUUAUUUUAUUUUUUAACUUUGUCCUCUUAUUUCUAAUUAUUACGAAUGGUUUAGAAGUUUGUGUAGAUUAUCUGACGAUUGUGCUUGUUCUUUGCAUGCAGGGUGUCUAUUCACGGCGAUUCCAUAGCAAAUGGACAUUUGCAUAUUGCAGUUAUGUGCUUCCAUUGUGAAAACAUAAUUGUUUUAUGGUGAUAAUAUGUCAAAAUCAAACAUAAGGAAGAUAACAGUUGACCCUACGAAAUGUAAUACUGACUCUCGUCGACCCAGUGUGUUCGAAAGGUUGGGGACCAAACCAGCAGUCACAGCAACAGGUCAAAAUACAUCUGAUUACUGCAGGAAUUGGGCAUUGAAUGGCAGCUGUUCAUACGGGAAAAAUUGCAAGUAUGCAAACACUCACACACUGAUAAGUCCAUCCAAGCGCGCGAAGAAGGAUAAUGCAAUUUCAAAUACUACAGGGCUUGUUGAGGACCCAUUUAAACGACUAACUUCUAAAAUUGUAAAGAAACCAUCGCAUAGUCCUGAUUUGAAUUUAGAAGAGUGGAAUCAAACAGAUCUAGAAUACGAAGACGAGAAAGUUUUAGAAAGGCGUAGGCAGCUUCUACAACGAGAAUUAGAAAUACAAAUGAAGAAAGAUAAAGAAGUUCAUGGCAAAGAAAAAGUUAGACAGAAGAAAAAAGCAAUGAGUUCAUCAUCAAGUUCACGUACCUCGAGCACAUCUAGUAGUAGCAGCAGUUCUAGCAGCGAAGAUUCAUCAUCGAGUUCUACAUCAGAUUCGCGGAAAAAAGUUAAAAAAAUGAAAUUGAAGCGACAUCAUAGUGCUUCUACGGACUAUGAUGAAGAAAAGGAAAGAAGAAGAAAACUGAAGAUAAAAAGACUCGGGACAAAAAAUGAAAAACCUGUGACGAAGAAAAAACGUAAAAUCGAUGCAGGUUCUAUAAAAAAAGAUAUUUCUGUAAGAACAAAUAAAAAGUGUGCAACGACUUCUUCCUCUUCGAGAAAACAUUCAACUGGCAGUCGUGUCAGAUCUCCCACAGUACAGGUUUCUACAUCGGCAGUUGCAUCAACUCCUCCUACGUUAUUGGGAUCGUCGGUAUCGGUAGCUCAUCAUUUACAAUCGAAUAAAACAAGAGAAAGAAAUAGAAGUGAUUCGCCUAAAAUAAUAAAAGGUAGAGAGUCGGAGAAGGAUGAUAGACAUUAUAAAAAGUUGAGAGAUACGGAUGAUGUGCCAUCUAAAGAAAAUAUUAAGAACAAGUCAUUUGAAAAGUUGAAAGAACAAGACAAAGAGAAAAAUCGAACACUCGAUGAAAAAAUGAAAACUGACGAUAGAUUGAAGGCCAAAUGCAAAGAAAAAGAUGUGAGAUCAAGAACUCCGUCGAUUUCGGAAAGAACGAAGCAUCAAUAUAAUAAGGAAACCGUAUCCACAAAAUCACGCCGUAGCCGUACACCUGAAAAACCAUCAAGAUCAAAACGGGAAGUAACUCCCUCAAGAAAUCAAGAGAGACUUUCAUCUUCGAGCAGAUCAAGAGAUAUCGAAAAGAAGGAUCGUGAGAAUCAUAAGAACGAUAAAAAUAAGGAUAGAGAAGAAAUUAGGAAGAGCGAACAAGGAAAGCAAAGACAAUCUUCUAGCCAAGAUGAGGCACAUCGUAAAAACGUUAAUAAAGAUUUUGACGAGAAAUCCUAUUUGAAUGACAAAACGCGACAAAAAAGUAGGGAAUGUCGCGACAAAGAUCAUGCGAGAGACGAACGAAACCAUACAAGAUUUAGCCGUGAUCAACGCGAUCCCCAGCGUGAUAAAGAAAAGGACGAUACUCAGGAGCGUUGUCGAGAGAGACAAAGGGAAAGAGAUCGCGAACGUGAUAGAGAACGUGAACGGGAACGUGAUCGGGAUCGUGAAAGAGAUCGCGAACGGGAACGCGAGAGAGAUCGUGAGAGGGAUCGAGAUCGAGACAGAGACCGCGAUAGAGAUAAGGAGCCUAUCAAAACGAGAGACAGAGAUGUUUCAUCUUUGGUGCCAUCGGCAUCGAUAAGUUUAACAGCGGACAAAAAUUCACGGUACGCUCGAGAUAAAGAACGAAUCGCGGGAAAAGAAAGCGCGUAUGAAAAAGCCAGCACGCGUGAUCGUAGAAGUGACAGGGAACGAGAACGAUCCGAGACUAAAGCUCUUAACGAACGCGAUAGAACUUCUUCUCAGCGCUUUGAUACAAGAUAUGAUAGAAAUGGUGCCGAUAAAGAUGCAUUAAAUCGCAAAGCUACCAAUUCACCACGAGAUCGCGUUGAUCGCUUUCCGCGAGAAAGAUCGUUGGAUAAAGUCCCUCUUCUUGAAAAAACUGUGCAUCCACCUUCGACAGCAUCGUCUGUCCCAUUGUUACCACCGGUUCCUCCAUCCACAACUUCAUCUUCAUCAGCAGUAGCGAUAACACCUGCGUUAUCUGCUUCACGCGAUCACUUGAUCGAUAGAGUGGACUCGGCGCAUUACGAAAGAGAUAGACAUCGAAGAUUUAGUACAAGGUACGAACGUGGACAUGGCUCUGAACACGAUAGGAAGGAGUCAAGAGUCACGCCAACUAAAAUUGACCGUGUAGUGGAAAGGAGAGAUGCUAGCCCACGUCGAGCGAUUGAAAUUGAAAGAAGCUUUAACAGAAAUUAUGGAAGGCUCGGAGCGGAUCAUUGGGAGGAUCAGGAAGAAUCUAAUCCACAUUUAGAUUAUCGAGAUCAUCAUGCGCACGAGGACGACAGAAGAAAAAUAAUUGAUGGUAGAAGAUACGACAGCCCGUUCGACGAAAGACGAGGGAUUCGCGAGGAAAGAUCGAGGGAUUCUAGAUAUGUUGUACAAACUGGCGAUAGACCCCCAUUCGACGAUCAUCGCCAUCAUCAUCAUCAUCACAGACAUCCCAUUUAUAGCGGAGAAAAACUACGUAGCGGCGGUAGCGCAUUGAGAGAUGAAGCUGUACCCAAUGACGAAUGGGAAGCACAUCACCGAGAAGUUGAACAUGGCCGAGAUAGAUCUUAUACAGCUGUUGAUUGGGAGGAGAGAGAAUGGAGAGCAAGAGCGUUGUGGGGUAGUAGGGACAGUCUUCCACGUUCGGAGGCUCAUGAAGAUGAAUGGGCCGCGCGAUAUGAAAAUUCUUUAUCUGAUUGGAAAGCUAAUGAAAAUCGAAAAUGGGAUAAUCAACCUGUACAUAUUCGAGGUCACUACAGAAAUGAGCGAUCUAAAGAAGUUGAAUUAGGGGAAUCAACAUCGCACAAUAAAAGACGUCCAUAUACGAAUCCAGAAGUCAGGGAAGAAUGCCCAGUUCAUACCUCUAAACAAGUAUCUCUCUAUGGUAGUAUGAAGGAAGAGCCCAUUAAUAAAAAAUUAAUGGAACUUGCUGAAGGCAGGUUACAUACAAAUCGGGAGAAAUCUGUAGAGAUAUAUCAGAAAAAAAAUGCACCAAGAGAGAAGUCUGAAGUGAAGGAAACGCAUUUACCAGAACCGAAACGUUCUUGUAUUGAAGAAUCUUUACAAACUCUACAUACAGAAAGUGACCUUAGCGACAUUAGCGAUGAUCCUGAUGAUAUUUUGAAUAUGGAGGAAGAAGUAACGGAUGCCGAAUCGAACAAAUUACGAUUAACUAAAAAAACGCCUGAUAUUGCACAGAAAGAACAGCAAUCUGUCACUCAAGAAACAACUCAACCAUCGCCUAAAGAAUCUAUAGAAGAUACCGUAUUCAAUGCAAAAGGAAAAGAUAAUACUGUUACUAUGGCAUUUAGAAAUAUGGACGAUGAAAAUAUGGAAACAAUGGACUUUGAAGAAAUAUCCGAUGGUGAAUUAGAAGAGGAUAUUAAAACAAGUGGUAAAGGUUUAGGUGAUGCUUUAGGUGUUGACUGGGAAAGCUUUGUAAAAGAAAUGCAACCGCGUCGACCUUUGUCGUCUGGGCAACAUAAUGCAGAAAAUCGUUGGCAGUGUAAAGCAAUUUUUCACAGAAUUGGUAUAUCUUUCAAAUAUGCUGGUGAAGAUACUAUUAAUAAAUUCUCCCAAAAAUAUGGAAAAGAAGAUCAUACUGAUUUAUUCUUGGAUAAUGUAGCAUUAGUUCACACGGCAUUAACCAGAAAUGAAUUUUUACGUAAUCUUAGUAACAAUCUGCUGCCGUCCAUGGAUGACUUGGUAUACAGACAUGAAAAUACAAGUAAUGACGAUUUGGAAUAUGAUAUAGAAGCUCUAAAGCCAUGUACAACAUUAUACGAAACAGCAAAAUGUUUGUUACAGCAAGUAAUUUGAAACGCUCUACUAUUUGCUGGGCAUAACUCUUAGUGUAAAUUUGUAUCACUUAUACUUUUCAUGCGCAACGUGAAAAUAUACGCAUGUAUCAUUGUUUAUUAAUCGGACUCAGUAUUAAUAAGCAUUGUGCAAUGAGCACUAAGCAAUAAGCUUGCGAUGAAAAAAUUCUUUACACGAACAGACAAUAUAGGAAACUAGACAGAGAAUAAAUUUUACAAAGCUAAGAAAUGAAAAUGUCUUUCUUUCAAAUAUGUCGAUACAAAUAUAUUAAUAUGAAGAAAUGUCUAGCCGUAUUAUCGCUAGAACUGUAAUUUUGAAAAUCAUUAUCUGUUCUAUAGUCCGCUGUAACAUGUAUCGUUAUGUGCAAAAAUUGAAUUGAUAACACAAAGAAAUAUAACAAGGCCUGAUUGAAUAUAUUAAUAUCACACAUGUA